AUGUUUAGACUGAUUCAAAAAGGUGUCCGGUUUGAAUGGGCCAAAGUUUCUAAAGAAGCAUUCGAGCGGCUGAAAAAGCUGUUGACUCCCAAAUACAAAUGUCUGUUGGACAUGGGAUCUUUAGUUGGAUUUUUUGUAAAUUUACGAGAAGGAGUUAAGAUAAGUAGAAGAGCGUUGCAAGCAAAAACUUCGUCGUCGUCAUCGUUUGAAGAAAGGAUGAAACGCGGUUUGCCUACUAAAAGAAAAAUAGCAAAUGUUAAGCAUGUUAUUGCCGUUGCUUCUGGUAAAGGUGGUGUUGGAAAAUCUACAACAGCUGUAAACCUUGCACUUGCUAUUGCAUCAACUUUUCAUUACAAAGUUGGCAUACUGGAUGCUGAUCUUUUUGGUCCUUCAAUACCAAAACUCAUGAAUCUUAAAGGUCAACCAGGUCUUACACCUGAUGAUAAAUUAAUUCCUUUGGUGAAUUAUGGAGUUAAAGCCAUGUCAAUGGGCUUUUUAGCUGAUGAAAGUUCGCCGAUUGUUUGGAGAGGCCUUAUGGUAACACUUCAACAAUUUCUUUAUCAAGUUCAUUGGGAUGGACUUGAUCUCCUUGUGAUAGAUAUGCCACCUGGUACAGGUGACACACAAUUGACCAUAACUCAACAGAUUGAAUUGGAUGGCGUAGUAAUAAUAUCAACACCUCAAGAUUUAGCAUUAUUAGAUGUCAGGAAAGCUAUUAAUAUGUUUAAGAAAGUAAAUGUACCAAUUCUAGGAACAAUUCAAAAUAUGUCAAUGUUUAUAUGUCCAAAUUGUAAUCAUAAAACCCAUAUAUUUGGUAAUAAUGGAGUAGUGAAAUUAUCAAAGGAAUUAAAUGUAGAAAUGUUGGGCGAAAUUCCAUUAGAUUAUGAAAUUUGUGAUUCAAGUGAUAAAGGUAAUCCUGUUGUUCUUUUUCCUAAAAAAAUCGAUAAUAACUUUAUUAGAAAAUCUUAUGUUGAUAUUAGUAAAAAAAUCAUCAAUAAAAUUGUUGAUAAAUAG